UAGAAGGCAGUGAUUUGUGGUGAAGCAUCAAAUCUGAGGAGUCUUUAUAGAGACACAGAGCCAAAAACCUCUCUUGCCAGUUGCGAGCUCAGUAGAAAGCAAAGCUCACUGCAGUGCGACGAGACCAAGGCUGUUUUUUCUGUUCCUAAACACAGAAACAAUGCUGCAACUGCUUCCUGUCUUCCUUCUUCUCCUCCUGGAACAAGCGUCUUUGAUUUCUGGGCUGAACCAAGAUGGUUUGUAUCUGUACGAGUGGAAGCAAUCUCUUGACGACCCGGACUCCUCCCUCUCCUCCUGGAACAACCGCGACGCCACCCCUUGCAACUGGGCCGGCGUCACCUGCGGCCCAAGCAACACCACCGUCACCGCACUUGACCUCUCCAACUUCAACCUUUCCGGCCCAUUCUCCGCCUCCCUCCUCUGCCGCCUCCCCAACCUCACCUCCAUCAUCCUCUUCAACAACUCCAUCAACCAAACCCUCCCUCUCCAAAUUUCUCUCUGCACCCCCCUCCUACACCUCGACCUCUCCCAAAACCUCCUCACCGGCUUCCUCCCCCACACCCUCCCCCUCCUCCCUAACCUCCUCCACCUCGACCUCACCGGCAACAACUUUUCCGGCCCCAUCCCUCCCUCCUUCGCCACCUUCCCCAACCUCCAAACACUCUCCCUCGUUUACAACCUCCUCGACGACGUCGUUUCACCUUCUCUCUUCAACAUCACGACCCUCAAAACGCUCAACCUCUCCUUCAACCCUUUUCUCCCUUCACCCAUCCCUCACUCCCUCGGCAACCUCACUAACUUAGAAACGCUCUGGCUCAGCGGCUGCAACCUCGUGGGCCCCAUCCCGGAAUCCCUCGGGAACCUCGUCAACCUUCGCGUCUUGGACUUCUCCUUCAACAACCUCUACGGUCCCAUCCCUAGUUCGCUCACUCGCCUCACCGCUCUCACGCAGAUUGAGUUCUACAACAACUCUCUCUCCGCUGAGUUUCCCAAGGGAAUGUCCAACCUCACUUCGCUGAGGCUCAUUGAUGUUUCCAUGAACCAUUUGAGUGGGACCAUUCCUGAUGAAUUGUGCCGUUUGCCUCUCGAGAGUCUUAACCUCUACGAGAACCGCUUCACCGGCGAGUUGCCGCCGAGUAUUGCAGAUUCACCCAACCUCUAUGAACUCAGAUUGUUCGGGAACAAGCUCGCCGGGAAGUUGCCGGAGAAUUUGGGGAAGAAUGCUCCGUUGAAGUGGCUUGAUGUUUCUACAAACCGGUUCUCCGGCGGGAUUCCGGAGAGUCUCUGCGAGCAUGGUGAGUUGGAGGAGUUGUUGAUGCUUGAGAAUGAGUUCUCCGGGGAGAUUCCGGCGAGUUUGGGCGGCUGUCGGAGGUUGUCGCGUGUGAGGUUGGGUACGAACCGGUUGUCCGGCGAGGUUCCGGCGGGUAUGUGGGGUCUUCCGCAUGUGUAUUUGCUUGAACUGGGGAAUAACUCGUUUAGUGGUCCAAUCGCCAGGACCAUUGCUGGGGCGAGGAAUUUGUCGUUGUUGAUUUUGUCCAAGAACAAUUUCUCCGGUGUCAUUCCCGACGAGAUUGGGUGGUUGGAGAAUCUUCAAGAGUUUUCUGGUGCUGAUAACAACUUCAAUGGGUCGUUGCCUGGGAGUAUUGUGAAUCUUGGGCAGCUUGGGACUCUUGAUCUUCACAACAAUGAGCUCUCUGGGGAGCUUCCCAAGGGGAUUCAAUCGUGGAAGAAACUCAAUGACUUGAAUUUGGCUAAUAAUGAAAUUGGUGGGAAGAUUCCUGAUGAAAUUGGUAUUUUGUCAGUGUUAAAUUUUCUUGAUCUUUCCAACAAUGAAAUUUCUGGGAAUGUUCCUCUUGGGUUGCAGAAUUUGAAGCUCAAUCUGCUCAACUUGUCUUAUAAUAGGCUUUCUGGAAGGCUUCCUCCACUGCUGGCUAAGGAUAUGUACAGGGCUAGUUUUAUGGGUAAUCCUGGCUUGUGUGGCGAUUUCAAAGGCUUGUGUGAUGGCAAAGGGGAUGAUGAUAAUAGUAAGGGUUUUGUGUGGAUUCUGCGAGCUAUUUUUAUAGUUGCCUCUUUGGUGUUUGUUGUUGGUGUGGUAUGGUUCUACUUCAGGUAUAGGAAUUUCAAGAAUGCUGGGAGAUCUGUUGAUAAAUCGAAGUGGACGUUGAUGUCGUUUCAUAAACUGGGUUUUAGCGAAGAUGAGAUCUUGAAUUGCCUCGACGAAGAUAAUGUGAUAGGAAGCGGGUCGUCCGGGAAGGUUUACAAGGUUGUGCUUACCAGCGGGGAAUCUGUUGCCGUGAAGAAGAUAUGGGGCGGGGUCAAAAAGGAAAUAGAUAGCGGAGAUGUUGAGAAGGGUCAUCAGUUUCGUCAAGACAGUUCUUUUGAUGCAGAGGUUGAAACUUUGGGCAAAAUUAGGCACAAGAACAUUGUCAAGUUGUGGUGUUGCUGCACCACUAGGGACAGCAAGCUAUUGGUUUAUGAGUAUAUGCCGAAUGGUAGUCUGGGGGAUUUGCUGCAUAGCAAUAAAGGAGGGUUGUUGGAUUGGCCAACUAGGUACAAGAUAGCUGUUGAUGCUGCAGAAGGCCUCUCUUAUUUGCAUCAUGACUGUGUUCCUUCAAUUGUUCAUAGAGAUGUGAAAUCUAACAACAUCUUGUUGGAUGGGGACUUCGGUGCAAGAGUGGCAGAUUUUGGAGUAGCUAAGGUAGUCGAUGCCACCGGGAAAGGAACUAAAUCCAUGUCCGUCAUAGCUGGGUCUUGUGGGUACAUUGCACCAGAAUAUGCAUACACGCUUAGAGUGAAUGAGAAGAGUGACAUAUAUAGUUUUGGUGUUGUCAUACUUGAGUUGGUUACUGGAAGGAGGCCCAUAGACCCUGAAUUUGGGGAAAAAGAUUUGGUUAUGUGGGCGUGCAACACCUUGGAUCAGAAAGGUGUUGACCAUGUGAUCGACUCGAGGCUUGAUUCUUGUUUCAAAGAAGAAAUUUGCAAGGUCCUCAACAUUGGUCUCAUGUGCACUAGUCCUCUUCCAAUCAACCGGCCUGCAAUGAGAAGAGUGGUGAAGAUGUUGCAAGAGGUGGGCACAGAGAACCAAACGAAACCUGCCAAGAAAGAUGGAAAGUUGUCCCCUUAUUACUAUGACGAUGGUUCGGAUCAUGGAAGUGUUGCUUAGCUCAAGUUCUUGCAAGGGGAAAAGUUCCAAGCUUUUCUUUAACUCAACGGAGCCAAAUUCCCCCUCGUGUUUUUUCACUCGUGGUUUGCUUUACAAAAGUUGGUUAAAGAAAAGGGGGAGAGAAUUGUUUUUGGGGUUGAAAAUAGAGUGAAGUUCAAGUUUUUUGCCCUCUAAAGUUGGUCGACAUGAAGGCGCGUCCCUACUAAAUUUAAAUUGGUGUCUGCAUUAAAUACCACUUGUGUAUUCGGAAAUGAUAUAUUAUUCUCACUGCUAAAAUAGAUGUGACCCGUCUCUGGCAUGGGUCACGGGUGAAUGUUAGAGUUGUAAAAUCAGUAGUGGCUUCUAAAUUUCAAAUAGAAAAUGAUCCCUAUAGUAAUUUCAGUUAACUUCAAUCACGAGAUAGAAAAAUGAUAUCAACAGAUUGGGGGAAUCUAUAUCUAAAUCAUGCUUAAAUCUGCUAGUAAUUUUCUGAAUGUUCCAGUUUAAAUGCUUUGACUAUGGUCCGCAUAAAAAUUUACUUCUCACAGUGCUCAAUCUCAGGUAUGUGCUGGGUACAGCUAUAGGAGUUGAGUUAAUGAGGUGGUUAGGCAGGCCUUGUCCUUCGUGGACCCUCUUGUUUAAUUGCAGGUUCCAUCUAUUUGUGUUGCCUACUAGUCUGGUCUACCCUUACUUCUGUCUGUGAUAAAUGAUGAUGGGGUAUCAUAUCACCGUAUAAGGGUAUCCAUUUGUAUAAUGAUCAGUCAGUGGCAGUGCAUUAUAGUAAUGGUCUUUUAGCUGAAUAUAGCAUAUUGGAAUCUUGCCAAAUCUUGGCUAA